AUGCACAUCCGAGUUUCCGCGAAGCAUCUCACCUUAGGCUCCCCCGUUUUCAACAGGAUGCUCAAUGGUGACUGGACGGAAGCUGCAGAAUUCAAAGAGAAGGGUUCUGCUGAACUUGUGGUGCCCAACUGGGGCGUUGAGGCCCUUAUCCUAGUCCUGUAUAUCAUACACGCACAAACCACUAAAGUGUCCAGAUUGCUAGGCUUAGAGGACUUAGCAAAGGUUACUGUCGUCACAGACUACUACGUUGUCAAGAAAGUCAAGCUCUCAAACUCCAGCAACCCCCGCGAGAUUCUGUCCUAUGAGUUUGGGUCUCUUUACUUUUCGCGGCGUCCAGACAGCUUUGCCACAGCUUGUUCCAUUGCCAUAGAGCAACUCAAGUCGCCUAUAUCGUCCCUUGGCCUCCCAAUACCAGCACUAAUUAUUGACGAGAUUAAUAGGCGCAGGACAGAAGCAAUCCAGUCAGGCCUCGACCUUUUGUACUCACGCCGAGACUCCCUUCUGGAUAUUAUUAACGGCACAAAUGACGAGGACGGAUCGCGCUGUACUGUUGAAUGCGCCGCUAUGACUUACGGCCAGAUGUCCAAGGGCAUGCGUGCGUUUGGAAUGCUGCCAUCCCGGCCAGACCCCCCGUUCACCGGUGUAAAUAAUGAUUCAUUCAGUGCUCUCAGUGAACUUGGCUGUGGAUAUUGGGGAGAGCGUCGUGGCCCUUAUAGCAAAAGGUUCAAGCCGCAUAAGUGCAGUACUUCGUCAAGCUACUCCGCAAUGUUCGAUGGUAUAUACCACAAAGUCGAGCUGCUUUCAUUAUCCGACUACAUACCCAAGGUGUAA